AGAGUAUAUAGAACACCGACGGAGUUCUAUAGCCUUGCACCGACCGUGCUCGAUUGGUGGCUCGAUUGGUAGUGUUGGGAUUAUAUAUGGGGUUCUGUGAGAUUUUGUGGUUUUCGGAUAAGUCAGGCAUCCUGAAUUUGUGUGUUUUCAAGUGGCAAUUGAUGUGCAGUGGCAUUGUGCUCCUAUAGCAAAGAUCAAAGCUGUGUAAAACUGUAAACCGCAGUCCAAGUCAUCAACAUGGAUAAAAAAUGAGCCCUCAACCUCAAACCAAGACUCAAAGGACUAAUACUGAGCUUUGAGUUUGAACUUUGAGCUUGAAGAACUUAAGUCUACUUGGCACACAAGUUGAAUGACUGUCAUCAUCAGAGAUGGCGGAUUGGCACGUGGCAAUCAUAGCCUGGCGGCUUCUUCUGUGAACAAACUGGACAGUGGACAGUGUCCAGCUGUGACCCGCUGUGACCUCCGGUGACCUGCCGCAUCACUGGGACACACAACGGCCGUCGCAGCCGUCGUGACCCAGCGCGGUCUACUGUAACCUAACCUACAGUGAACCGUCGUGACCCAGCGCGGUCUACUGUGACCUAACCUAGUGAACCGUCGUGACCCAGUGCGGCGGUGUGACUUCUAGUGACCUCUAGUGACAUCAAGUGACCUCCAGUGACUUCCAAAAUGGCCGAGGCGGACGCGGCCGGAAAAUCAUCGCGUCGCCCGCACUCGACAUUCUCGUACCCGUCAUCGGGCGCCCGGCACUCUCCACCGCCGCCGGCACCGUUACGACACUCCUACGCUCCCGACUACCCUCCUGAACCGGCGGGCGCCGUGCGACCCGACCCAUUCGCAGUGUUCGACGGGCUCAGCAUCGGCUCCGACACCCGCAUGUCGGUGUCGACGGCCUCGUCUCUGCCGUCGGUGCUGUCGGAGCUGGCUGAUGCUGAGUUUCCCGACACGCCGUUCGUGUGGACGAGUGACGAGGUGAACUGGCAGGAGCGGUGUCUGGAGCUGGAGCUGAGCCUGCAGCGCUUCAAGGACCAGGCCGGCAGGAUCAGGAGUAUGCUCAGAGAUAAGCUGGUGGAGCUGGAGCAGCGUGUAGUCGAGUCGGAGCAGAAGGCUGCAGAGGCAGAGAGCAAGGCGCGUCUCCUGGAGCAGAGGUUAUCGGACGUGGGCUGGACUCCAAGUGAAAACACGGAGCGGCUCAAUGCCCUGCGCACCACGGUGGACGAGCGCGACAGCGCCAUCACCCAGCUCCAGUCUCAGGUGGAGGAGCAGCGCAUGUUGCGACUGAACGAGGCCAAGCAAGUGGAAGCGAAGGCAGCCCGAAUCAAAGACUGGGUCACCAACAAACUGAGAGACCUGGAGGAGCAGAAUCAGUACCUCCGGGAGCAGAAUCAGCGGUGUAACGAGCAGUUGCAGCUUCUUCGGAACCGGCUCACCCAGCUCAACGAGUUCAAGGCCAAACAGCGAGCCAGCACAGAGGACUCAUCGCGCGGCAGCUACGAGGGUGACCGACCGGGCAGCGACGAGAGCAUCCCGCCGGAGCUCCCUGCACGGCGGGUACCACCUCUCGACCCCCACGCACUCUACGCAGAGGUUGACCGGUCGCGGAAGGGCCGCGCCGCACCUCCGCCUGCCGGGCCGCCGCCACUCACCGUCGAACGCAAACGCUACGCGCCCAGCGACGCUGCCGGCAGCGGCGGCGGUAUGCGGGCCUCACGCGACUCUCGCGUCGACUCCGGCUCGGUGGAUCUGGAGACGCCACACGACCUGUCACCCAACACUCCUCCGGAGCUAGCGCCGGCUCCUCCGCCUCGCGGCCGACCGCCGCCGCCCACAGCCGCUGAGGAUGAGAUGCACGACUACAGUGAGAUCUACACACCGAGCGCAGACGGCUACCGAUGGCUGCGGGAGGAGGGGGCCGGCGGAGACAGCAAGCCGCCCACUCCGCCGCUGCACCGGUUUCCGUCUUGGGAGGCCAAAAUCUACCAGGUGGCCCAGAAGGGCAUUGCAUCACCGGCGGCACUGGGAACGACCACCAACGGGGCCGGAUCGCGACUCUCCACCGUGUCCAACUACUCGGACGUAUCUGUGCCAGUCUACGCCACCGUCAAAGGGCGCGCCUCCCAGAUCCGCUCCGUGCCGUUCACGGGGGACAGCUCGGACAGCUCGGAGGGCGAGGAGGAGCCGGUCGGAGCGGCACGCGCCGGUCGACACAGUCACACCGGAUCCUCGGACGAUACCGUCAGCUCGCCGUCCAAGUCCAAGUCCAGUCCGGCCAAAACCGUCAGCCCGUCACGCAGCCCACGCAGAGAGCACAGUGUCGAGGCAGACACCACGGCCGACUACGCGCUGCCCCCGGACGCUGACGCCGCCAGUGUGGACUCUGCCAUGACGAGAGGCUCGUACGCGGCCGGAUCGCUCAAAAAGGCGAAGGCUCUGGAGCGUUCCGGCUACCUGACGAAGCUGAGCGGCAAGCUGAAGACGUGGCGGAAGCGCUGGUUCGUCCUCAAGGACGGCAGCCUGAUGUACUGGAAGUCCAAGCACGACGUGUCUCGCAAGGCGCCGCAGGGCGAGAUCAGCCUGGACGAGCGGUGUCGCGUCACCCGCCAGGAGGGAGCGCACACCUUCGAGGUCGGCACGGCCAAAAAGACCAUCUAUCUGACGGCGGACAACACGAGCACGGUGGACGAAUGGGUGCGGGUGCUGCAGAACGUUCUGCGCCGAAACGCCGCCCAUCUACUGCUGAGCCGGGAAGACUGCAGCUCUACAAUCCAGGGCUGGCUGACCAAGGUGAAAAACGGCCACUCUAAGCGCUGCUGGUGCGUCCUCGUGGGAAAGAUGCUGCUUUACUUCAAGACACCCAACGACACGGUGGCGUCCGGCCAGAUCAACAUGCGCGACUGUCGCGUGGAGGAGGUGUCUCACAUCACUGACUCGGACGAAGACUCUGACACGCCGCCGCAGACUGCCGACCUGACUGUGGGCGUGUUCCCCAGCCACCAGAGUCCCACCUACUUCAUCAUGGCCAACAAGGGAGACAAAGACCAGUGGCUGUACCACCUGACCGUGGUCUCGGGCGGCGGAGGCGCGGCCGGUACCCAGUUCGAGCAGAUGGUUCAGCGGCUCAUGGAGCUGGACGGAGACUCGGAGUGUGUGCUGUGGCGACACCCGCUGCUUCUGCACGCGAAGGAGCCGCCCCAGCAGCCGCAUACCACCAUGCCGGAGGCGCUGCACGCCGAGGCCGCCAAACUGUUCAAGUCCGUGCAGUUGUUUGCCUCUGUGCUGGUCGACUCUGCCGGUAUCGACUACCACGUGGCGUUGGCGCAGAACGCCCUGCAGCUCUGCUGCGAGCGCACGGAGCUGCAGGACGAGCUGCUGGCAGUGCUGGCCCGGCAGACGGCACGUCACGUCCACCAGCGACUGGGCGUGCAGGUAGGACGCGCCGUCACCAAGAUAAAACACUCGAGCAACCUGCUGCUGUGCGCCACCCAGUCUCUGUUCCUGUGCGACUCGUCGGGCGGCAAGCCGUCGGCGGCCCAGACCCAGGCCGCCAUGCUGGCGGCUGCCGACAGCAAGUCCAACCCUGCGCCGCACGUGUUCGUACAGACGUGGCAGCUACUGGCGCUGGCCGUCAGCCUGUUCGUGCCCAAAAACAACAAACUGCUCUGGUAUCUGAAACUGCAUCUGCAACGGCACGCCGAUCCAAAGACUGAGACGGGCAAGUACGCCGCCUACUGCCAGCGGGCACUGGAGCGCUCCUUAGAGAAGGGCGGCCGGCAGGCGCGUCCCAGUCGCAUGGAGGUGCUGUCCAUCCUGCUGAAGAACCCGUACCAUCACUCGCUGCCGCACGCCAUUCCGGUGCACUUCCUCAACAAUACGUACCAGGUGGUGGGUUUCGACGGCUCGACUACCAUCGGCGAGUUCGUCCAGACGCUGAACCAGGAGAUUGGCUGCCGGGACGUGUCCCAGUCGGGCAUGGCGCUCUACUCGGACGAUCCGUUUCAGCCCGAGCAGCGACAUCUCCUGCAGACAGAUGCCAAGCUCUGUGACGUCAUCUCUCGCUGGGAGACGGCUCUGCGCGAGAAGGGCUCCGGAAAGUUCGAGAACACCCGCGUGAUCCAGCUGUCCUACCGGUCUCGGCUGUACUGGCGUCAGUCGGUGAAGGGGGAGACGGACCGGGAGCGUCUGCUGCACGUCUACCAGACCAGUCAGAUGGUCUCCAGCGGUCUGUUCCCGCUGACCACCGAGCUGGCGCUGGAGCUGGCCGCCCUCAUGGCUCAGAUUGACCUGGGCGACUACACGGCUGAGCGCGCUCGGGGAUCGGCUGCCUCGGUCAACCAUCACCAGGUGGAGAGGUGCCUGGAGAGAUUCUUCCCGCAUCGGUACCGCGAGAGGUGCAGCCAGGACGAGCGCAGGCAGCUGAGUGGCGCUCUCGUUGAGAAGUGGAGCUCCCUCCGCGGUCGCAGCACGCACGACUGUGUUCGCAUCUACCUAACAUGCACCAGAAAGUGGCCCCACUUCGGGUCGGCGCUCUUCAAAGCCAAGCUAUCUGGCGAGGGCACGUCUGUGUUCCUGGCGGCGGGAGAGGGAGCGCUCUGUGUUCUCAACGUCAACACGCUGCAGGAGACCGCCAGGUACCAGUACACCAGCGUGGUGACAUUCGGCGGCUGCCAGGACGACUUCAUGCUGGUCGUCUCGGAGAACGGCAGCUCAGACGCGGCCACCACCCAGAAGCUGCUCUUCAACAUGCCCAAACCCAAGAUUCUGGAGCUGACACUGCUGAUCGCCGACUACAUGAACGCCCUGGGUCGGAUGCAGGCUGGCGGUCCGCCCCAGAUGGGCACCCUGACCAGGGUCGGGUCGGUCCACGCCUCCCGGCCGGAGAGACUGCGGACGAGAAUGCCCAGCGUGGGCUCCGAGGCGGGCGCCGAGCUACUCAGGAAUGGGGGCACCAAGAUCCGUACCAGUCACGAAGCUGUCUAGUCGCUGCUGCCGCCGCAGCCGCCGCCGCAGCCUCCUCCUCGAGCCCUCGUAUAGCUCCGUUCCCUGUGAUCUAGGCCAAUUGUCACCACAGUGUGCCGCUCCUAUGGAUGUGACUGUGUCUGUGUGUGAGUGAGUGGGUGUCAGCGCCGGUGUACCAGUCCGUGUAGGUCUUCCAUGUGGUAGGCGAUGGCCUCCCGCGGGCCGCUCCGUAUGAUCUCAGCCCGUCUGAUCUCUAUCCGCCGACGUGACGGUCGGUCUGUAACGGCCGUGACGGUGGCCCGUGACGCCGGCCGGUGACUCUGUGUACUGUGUACGUAAUGUCGGCCCGCCGCGCCGCGUGUGUGUGUGUCUGUGUGUGCCCAGUGGGUGUCCGCCGUCGGCAGUGUUGGUGGCUCGUCUGAAUGCCGCUGCUGUAACCAGCCGCGCCUGCUGUAUGUAUUAACGACGUUCGACUGCAUGGCCGCUUUUGUAUGGCCUGAUCGACGGCCAAAGAGCUUUUGCAGAGAUGGAAUAAAAUUUGUAUUAAUGCC